AUUCAUUGUCACCAACGCUGGUAAGAAACUGGUAAUGCUGAACAACUUUACAUAUCGCAAGCACUGUGAGCUGAAGUCUGGUGUGAGGCUGCAGUGUACAUCCAGUGUUUCCAGACGCUGCAAUGCCUACCUCAUAUUAAAUGGAAUGGGAAAUGUUGUGAAACGUAAUGAAGCUCACACACACCCCGCUGCAAACUAUCAUAGGACCACCACUGGCACAUACGUCAAAAUUUAGUUAUUUAUAUCUUAUAUAUAAAAUUCUCGUGUCACAAUGUUAGACCUAAGACCUACUGAAUAGGUUACAUAUCCAGUAGGUCUGAGAAUUGGCUGCUAUCUAUUUUUCAUAUCCCUAAGUGAUAAGGGUUGUUCCUAACAUUUUUAUUUUUGGUAAUUGUUUUUUAUUUAUUUUUUUAUAUUUCUAUAAUGUUUCAUUAAAAGUACAUACAACCUUAAAUUUUUACCCAUCUAUCACCAGCCUCUAUUUUUUAAUAGCCAUAUUAAUUUAUAUGUCCAUACAACAAUUGCCGGGACAGUUAGUAUAUAGAUUAUUUUAUUGGAAUAUAAUAAUAAAAAUUGUAAGCCAGGUGGACUUUGUACUAAGUCGUCAGGGACAAACCUUCGUACCUCUGAUUUCCACAGCUUGAUUUAUAAACUGUGAUUCGAGUUGUAGGAGUUGAAUAUUGCAGUAAAAUACCGACGUAGGUCGGCGGUGCCGACUCGGCACAUUGUGAAUUGGCCCUAUAUUAUACUAAAAUUUAUCCUGCAAAAUCCAACUUGACUGUGACAUAUAUCAUAAAUAGCAUGAAUUGCCCCUUAUAACCCAGUCAGUUUGUAUAAACUUUAAAAUUCACACAGCGUCAUUCUAUCAGACUAGGAGUCUUCCCCUUAGUGAAAACUCCAAGAUAUCCGUCAUCCAACGCCAUAUGCUGGAGUCACGGAAUCGCUGUGACAAUCCAACAUCUUUUUUUUUACAUAGUGAUAUCCUCAUGUAGAUCUGAUGGAGGCGAACGAUUGCCGGACGCCUACCAGCUAAAACCACAUAGUGUACUCCACUUGCUACUAGCGCCAGGGUCAUAGGAUUGAAGUUGCAGUCUACCAUGACCCAGGCAGCGCAGGCUCUACAGCCCACUCCUUGAGAGGAGUCUACUCCUAGCCUCACCGUACUUAAGUAACACAGCGUCAUCUAGUCCAAGUUAAACCAAGUUUGUGUUAUAAUUAUUAAACAACUGACAGAUUUACAUAAUAUUUUUGUUUUAAUAUUGUAUUUAUAAUAUAUAUUUAUUAUAAUCAAAACAAUAGGCAGCUUUUCGCUAAAUGACGAUCUUCUCAGAGUAAUCUCCGUAAUAUACUUUUAUUGUUUAAUGAAACUAACGAAUCUUUAAUUCUAAGUGUGUUUCUAAGGUAUUAAUCUUAAAAUAAUAUUAUAAAUAACUCACAAGAAUUUGUUGGUCUAUUGUUAUAUUUAAAUGUUAGUUAUUUUCAAUGUCAUAGUUAUACGUGUUAUAUCCAAAGUUAAUGUUGAAAAUGGUCUCAAAUAUGUAUAUACCUACACAGAGUACGUCCAGAAGUUCAUAAUAUGUAAUUGUAUCCGACAAUAGUAAAUUUCAACAUGUACCCAAGAAACACUCAAAUUAUUACUAUAACUGUGAUUAUUAGAUUAUUUAGUCACAAAAACGAAGAUAAAGUACAAUACCUGGAAACAGCGAGAUAUGGACGAAGCCUUAAAAAUGUACCGGAAGAACGAACUUGGGUUUAACGAAGCGUGUAGAAAAUAUAAAAUACCUAAACCUACAUUUAGACGUCACUUGAAAGGAUUAAAUGUAAACACUAAAUUUGGUAGACCUAAAUAUUUAACAGAUGAGGCAGAAAAUGAAUUCGUUCAGUAUUUGCUUGCAAUGGAGGCAAAUUUCUUUUCUUAUAGCGUUACUGCGUUGAGGCAACUAGCAUACCAGUUUGCCGAAAAACACAAAUUACCACAUCCUGGUUUUAACAAAGCACAGAAAAUGGCCGGUAAGCACUGGUAUUAUAAUUUUAAGAAAGAAUAUCCAUUACUGUUCUCGCGUACCCUGAUGGCGAUAUCACCGCGAAAUAAAAAAUUGUGCAUGGGUCGUGUUAGGGAUUUCUACAAUAAAUAUGAAAAAAUUCUCAAUGAACAUAAUUUAGGUGCUGAUCGUAUUUACAAUAUUGAUAGCACAACUUUAUCUCACGCAGACAAUGAACUGAUUAGUAAAAAUAGAUCUUUAAGUGUUACAUGUAUAUGUGCCAUGAACCCGGUAGGAGAAUUUAUACCACCUAUGCUAAUAUACGAAAGAAAUACUGUAGACGACUCUCUCAAAAAAGAAGCACCUGCGAAUACUGCAUUUGGGUGUUCAAAAAAUGGAUGCAUAACGCCAGAGUUGUUUUUACAGUGGUUAGAACAUUUCAUUAAGUAUACGAAUUUAGAGGAAAGUAAAAAUAUACAAAUGUUGUUAUUAUUAGAUGGUCAUAAUGAAUAUUCCAAAAGCUUAGCUGCGAUGCAGCUGGCGCGUGAGUAUGGUAUUUUUCUGCUAUCUUUUCCUCUUCACACGACACAAUGCCUUCAACCUUUAAGAAGAACGUUUUUUAAGUCAUUGGAAGAUACUUACAAAGAAGCCGCAAAUUUUUGGCUUAGCUCAAAUCAUGGUAAAGAUAUUGAGCAGACCAAUUAUGCGGAAAUCCUUGGUUAUGCAUUCCCUAGAUGCGUUCAUAUGGAGUUAGGAUUAAAAAACUUUGAAAUAACGGGUUUGUGGCCGUUCAAUCCAAAUCUAGUAACAGAAGAAUAUUUUAUAAAAUCUUAAUCCUUAGAAUAGCUAGUGACAAAAAAUGAUAGUUUAUUUAGGCAAUUUUUAUUUAUUUAUUUAUUUUGAUUCAUAUGCAAUUGUAUUUAUUUUAUUUAUUCAGAAUAGUAUAAGCCUGCAAUAUUUACAUUAUUACUAUUAUCUAAAUAAGUAUUUAUGGGUGUAUAACUGUGCAUAACUAUGUAUGUGCCAAUUACUACAAUGCAUACAAUUUUAUGUAAACUAAAUUUAUGUAGAUGACAUAUAUUAUUGCUCUCCAAACAUUCCUUCUAAUACACGUUCGUAUACCUAAAAACAGGCAGUUUUCUUUGUCGCAAUGUUAAAAAGAAUCAAGAACGUAGUGAGUGAGACAGAAUAUCAGCGCCAAAAUAGUUAGAUGACACGGCAUAUUCUGAGUGUCGGCCAUGUUGGAAACCAAAAAUGUAA